AUGGCGGGCCUCCUCGCGCAGCCUGCGCGCGUAACGCGGGUGGCCGUCCCCGCGUCCUCUCCGCUAGCAUCCCCCGCCUUCAUUUCCCCUAGUCGCUUUUCUGCAGCCGCUCACGGCCGGAUAGCGGCGCGGCAGCGCAAGUCGCUGGCCGUUAGAGCAGCGGCGGGCGAUUCGAGUGGCGACGGCGACAAUGUGGUAACCCUGCUGGACUACGGCGCGGGAAACGUGCGAAGCGUGCGAAACGCCAUUCGCCUGUUGGGUUACGAGAUCAACGACGUGAGCGACCCAGAGGACAUCCUGGCAGCCAAGAAGCUCAUCUUCCCGGGCGUGGGCGCGUUCAGGGCGGCCAUGGACGUGCUGAAUGAGCGAGGCCUGGCAGACGCCAUCCGCCAGUACGUGGCGUUGGACCGCCCCUUCCUGGGCAUCUGCCUGGGCCUGCAGUUGCUCUUCGACGGCAGCCAGGAGUUCGGCGAUGUGGAGGGAUUGGGCAUCAUCCCGGGCACUGUGUCCCGAUUCGAUGCAUCCAAGGGGCUCACCGUGCCGCAGAUCGGGUGGAACGGGCUGCAGAUCGUGCAAUCCGAGCCGUCCAUUCUGAAUGGCGUGAAUGGGCGCCACGUGUACUUUGUGCACUCGUACCGAGCCACUCAGACCCCUGGGAACAGCGAGUGGGUGCUGGCGACGGCCAACUAUGGCGAGCCGUACGUGGCGGCAGUGCGGAAGGGCAACGUGCAGGCCGUGCAAUUCCACCCGGAGAAGUCGGGCGUGGUGGGCUUGGACAUCCUGCGUCGCUUCCUCGGCCCCAACAGGAGCCAGCAGGCCAACGAGGUGGAGGAGGCAUGCAACAAGCCCCUGAGGGGCCCUCGUGCAACACAGCUGGCGAAGCGCGUGAUCGCGUGCUUGGAUGUGCGUGCUAACGACCGGGGGGACCUGGUGGUGACCAAGGGCGACCAGUACGACGUGCGGGAGCAGGGCGAUGAGAGGGAGGUGCGCAACCUUGGCAAGCCAGUGGAGCUGGCGGCGCGCUACUUCAGGGAGGGCGCGGACGAGGUGGCGUUUCUCAACAUCACGGGCUUCAGGGACUUCCCCCUCGGCGACCUGCCCAUGCUGGAGGUGAUGAAGCGCGCAUCGGAGAGGGUGUUUGUGCCGCUCACAGUGGGAGGCGGCAUCAGAGACUUCACGGACGCCAAUGGCAGGCCAUACUCAGCGUUGGAGGUGGCAGCGGAGUAUUUCCGGUCAGGCGCAGACAAGGUGUCCAUCGGCAGUGAGGCGGUCUAUGCAGCGGAGGAGCUGCUGGCUUCCGGGGAGAAGACAGGCAAGACGGGGAUAGAGCAGAUCUCCUACGUGUAUGGCAACCAGGCCGUGGUGGUGAGCAUAGACCCUAAGAGGGUGUACGUGACCUCGCCAGACGACGUGCCUUUCAAAUGCGUCAAGGCAUCAACGCCAGGCCCCAACGGGGAGGAGUACGCAUGGUAUCAGUGCACGGUGAGCGGAGGCAGGGAGGGGCGGCCCAUAGGGGCGUUCGAGCUGGCUCAGGCCGUGGAGCAGCUGGGGGCGGGGGAGAUUCUGCUCAACUGCAUCGACUGCGAUGGCCAGGGCCAAGGGUUCGACUUGGAUCUGGUGGAUUUGGUCUCCUCUGCUGUGACCAUCCCCGUCAUCGCCAGCAGCGGGGCGGGCAUCCCAGAGCACUUCUCGCAGGUCUUUGCUCACACUGGCGCCUCCGCUGCGCUGGCUGCCGGCAUCUUCCACCGCAACGAGGUGACAAUAGAGUCGGUGAAGACCCAUCUGGCAGAGGAGGGUGUGGAGACUCGCCUGCUGUGA